CUUCACACUCCUUAUAUGGGAAAGGAAUUAGUCGCGCGAACAAGGGCGGAAACGCGCCGCGGUGUUAGCUGGGUAAAAAACGAAAUCCAGGAAGAAACCGAGCGAAGCCCAGUCUGCUCUGUGAGUACGCACACCCACGGCGAGGAAAACGGACCAAAUCACUGCUCCUUCAAGUUAGCAGGUAUGGCAGAGUUGGCGAGUCUGGUGGCGCGGCUGGAGGUGGCGGUGGGCCGUCUGGAGUCCAUGUCCGGGUCGGGGGGCAGCGGCGGAGGCUCUGCGGGGGGAGCUGUGUCGGUGUUCGUCGAGGCCUACGAUGAGAUCGUCCGCGGCCCCGUGGCCCAGUACGUGUCCCUCAGCCAGCAGAUCGGAGGAGACGUCCAGAAACAUGCGGAGAUGAUGAAGCAGGCGUUCUCCUGCCAGAGGCAGCUCCUCGUCGCCGCCUCGUCCUCCCAGAAACCCUCUGAUGCGGUUCUGACGGGUCUGCUGCAGCCCGUCUCCAAAGCCAUCCAGCAGGUCCAGGCGUUCCGCGAGCAGAACCGGACCUCCCCGCACUUCAACCACCUGUCUGCCGUCAGCGAGAGCGUUCCCGCCCUCGGAUGGGUUGCCAUGGAUCCAAAGCCCGGUCCGUAUGUCAAGGAGAUGCAGGACGCCGCCAUGUUCUACACCAACCGGGUGCUCAAGGAGUACAAGGACAAGGACAAGACACAUGUGGACUGGGUCAAGGCCUACGUCUCCAUCUGGACCGAGCUGCAGGACUACAUCAAACAGCACCACACCACCGGACUGACCUGGAGCAAGACGGGUCCCGUUGCUUCAGCCUCUGCAGCUCCGCCCAGUGCUCCUGCAGGUGGGUGUCCUCCCCCACCUCCUCCUGGACCUCCCCCUCCCCCCAUGGACCUGAGCGGCCCCCCCAGCAGCGAUGCUGGCGACGGCAACCGGAACGCCUUGUUUGCCUCCAUCAACAAAGGCUCCGACAUCACCAAAGGUCUGAAACACGUCAGUGAAGACCAGAAGACCCACAAGAACCCAGGUCUGAGGGGGCAGGCCGCUCCAGUUCGUUCCGGACCCAAACCCUUCUCCUCCCCCCGACCCGCUGCCUCUGCCACCCCGACCCGUACUCUCCCCCCGGUUCUGGAGCUGGACGGAAAGAAGUGGAAAGUGGAAAACCAGGAGGGGGCCCAGAACCUGGUGAUCAGCAACACCGAGCUGAAGCAGGUCGUUUACGCCUUCAAGUGUAACAACAGCACCCUGCAGGUGAAGGGGAAGAUCAACUCCAUCACCAUCGAUAACUGUAAGAAGGUGGGUCUGGUGUUCGACGACGUCGUGGGCAUCGUGGAGGUCAUCAACUGCAGAGACGUCAAGGUCCAGGUCAUGGGGAAGGUCCCGACCAUCUCCAUCAACAAGACAGAUGGCUGCCAUGUUUACCUGAGCAGCGACUCUCUGAACUGCGAGAUCGUCAGCGCCAAGAGCUCCGAGAUGAACAUCCUGGUUCCCAAGAAGGACGGCGAAUUUACGGAGCUUCCCGUUCCCGAGCAGUUCAAGACCGUCUGGGACGGCCAGAAGCUCGUUACCACAGCAACAGAGAUCGCCGGAUAGACGGAGGCGGAGUUAAAAUGGCAGCCUCCACCCCACACCCCCUCCCACAACCUCCUAAUCACCACCAGUUAACUUUCACCGUAGACUGAGACCUCAUGAGUUAAGACCCGCCCCCUUCCCUCCUUAUCAGCCAAUCACAGCUGCUCCUACCAUCAGCCAAUGAGAGGGCUGCUUGCUCUCUGGAGCAGCUCUUCCAGCCAAUCAGCAACGAGCAGCUCGUCAUGUUAUCAGUGAAGCACUUUUCUCAUAAAUUUGCCAACAGCUGGGGCUGUUCCAUGUUUUAUCUGAUGAAGCCGAGCUCGUAGAUUAGAUCCUCCACAGCCUCCCUCCUCUUCCUCCUCCGGAGGCAUCUGUUCCAUUUUAUGCAAUUCACUGGAAAAAAGCUUAAAAACAAGAGAAACUCUCUUCAGAGAAUCAUAUCAGCUCCAUGUCUGGGUGGAGGAAGUCGGCUCCCCGAGGGUUUAAACCGGAACGGUUAAAAUUCCAGGUUCAGCCCACACAGGACGUUCCCGAGUUGAAACAUUCCAAGUCAGAGAAGGUUAGAGGUGUUGUAGAAUUCCAGAGACAGAGCUGUACAGAUCAAUCUGUAAAAUCUUCACUUUUUUUCUUUCUUUUUUGGUCCAGAAUCAGAAAUCAGAACUGAGACGUCAUUAAACUGUUGCAAUAACA